AUACAUCUAGACAAUGCUAGCAAGUUCAGCCACUACAAGAGUAGAACAUUGAAGACUGUCCGAAGUCAACUAGCGGCUGAAAGCUGUCUGUUCGGUAUGUUUGUCCGAGUCUAAAUACUAAACUUUUAAUGUUUUAGGAACAUAUGUAUAUUUAACAAACUAAAUUUUAAUGUCAAUAAAUUAAUGUCAUCUGUAUCUAGCCAUGUAUCUCAGUACAUGUACCCGUCCCCAUACUGCUUCUGCACGUAAUGGUAGUAGAGUGGGAGGAGAGAAGAAAGCACUCUUUCUUGACUUUCCUUCUUUCUGCUUUCUUCCCUCCUGUCACUCUCCUUCAUCUCGUUCAGAAAGCAGUCUGGGCUACCGAGACGUACUAGCCUCUGUAGGCGCGGUCUUUACCUCACGUGACGAAUAUUUUAGCUGAGAUCUUCACUGGUCGCUGGUGCGAAACUCUACAAUCAGCUCUCUGAAACGCUCUGAACAUCAGUCUAAAGAUCAAAAUGAAGAAAAUGAUUACAAUUUUUGCAGUUAUGUGCUGCAUUCAAAUUAUUGUUGGGUAUCCGAAUGGAGCUCCUUAUUCAGAAUGUGAAGAGAUGACACCUGGACAACCUCCUCAUGGUUCAAGACAGACAACAGCUAGUCCGUAUCAGGUCACAACUAAUACUUCAUCUGUAUAUUUUCCUGGGCAGACAUAUGCAGUGACCAUCUCAAAAAUCAGUACUUCAGCACCUGAUUUCAAAGGUUUUCUUUGUCAAGUUCGUCAAGUUGGUUUAUCUUCUCCCGUUGGAACAUUUGCUGUUGCUGAUGGAAACAAAGCUCAGACUAAACGUUGUAAAGGAAAUUCUGAUACCGUGACACACAUAAACAAGGACACAGUUACCGAGCAGACUUUCUAUUGGACAGCAAAUGCUAUUCCUUUGGGUGUUGGUACAGAGCUGUUUGUUAGAUGCACUGUUGUUCAGACACUGGCCACAUUGUGGCUAAAUGUAGUGUCUAGGACAUUUCAAGAACUUCCUUUGGUAAGUGCAGUAUUUAUUGAUAAUUUUCAUUUGGUCUGUUUUUUGCUUGAUUAUUGUAUUGUAUUGUGCGACGGCGGUCUCCGCUCAUCGGGUCUCCCACACGGGACUCUGUUUCUUAUCAUCCCACUGGCAACGUUACCUGCGUUCAGGAAGCGAAGCGAUAAGAAAGCGCUCAAGAAAGUGUUCUGUUUUGAACUCGUCAACCACAUCUUCCUGUUUGGUUCUCUUGUUCGGAGGAAUUUGGAGAACUGCCAUUAUGCACGUGGGCAAACACUCGGCGGAACGACUCAUUACUGUCCAUGA